AUGACGGGGAACGCGCAAUUCCUGUUCCCUACACUGCCUCAUUUAACAGUCGGUGUAGUGUUGCAAUCCAUUGUAGCUCUGGGUCAUCUCUACAUCUUGGGCCGCUGCUUAUAUAACAUAUAUUUCCAUCCGCUUUCCACGUACCCAGGACCCAAGCUGUGGGCGACAAGUCGCAUACCAUGGACUUAUCACAGCAUUGGAGGACACCUACCGGAUGAGGUUUACCAACUCCAUAAGCAAUAUGGCCCCAUAGUCCGCAUUGCGCCAGACGAGCUGUCGUACACCUCCGGAACUGCCUGGAAGGCCAUAUAUGGGGCCAGGAACCCUGAAUUCUCGAAAUGUCUCGACGGCCGCGGUGUCGCCGGGCCCACCUCGCAGCUCAAGGGACCGAACAUCAACAUGGUUGUCUCAGAGCCUGUGCGACACGGGCGUCUCCGUCGUGCCAUCGCCCCGGCAUUCAGCGAACGAGCAUUGCGUGGACAAGAAGAAUUUAUCCAGCAUCACAGUGACAAGCUUAUCGGCCAGCUUCGUCGCGCGGUGAGGAACAAGCCCGAUGAACCGCAGAAUCUGACGCGAUGGUACAGCCUUGCAGCCUUCGAUAUCAUCUCUGACCUAGCGUUUGGCAAACCAGCUGGAUGCCUCGACUCGUUCGACCAGCCGUGGAUACAGGUAUUAGGCAACCGAACUCGCUCGCUGGUAUGGAUGCAACUGGCGAUGCACUACCAGGUUGAGUGGCUGUUAGACGCCUUCAGUCCGAAGGGGACCAUGGAGGCGCGGAGGAAACACCGCCUUCUUACAGAAAGGAAGGUUGAAGAGCGGAUUGCCAACCCUAACGGGAAAGACAGAAGGGACUUCAUGAGCUACAUCAUCGAAAACGAGUCUGAACGAUUGACGAACGAGGAGCUGAACCAAAUGGCUUCCUCAUUCAUUGUCGCGGGGAGCGGAACUUCGGCUACCGCCAUGAGCGGCAUAUCGUACUUCAUUGGUCGCGACCGUACAAGAUAUAACCGUCUGGUGCAAGAAAUACGUACGGCAUUCGCAACUGAGAAAGAAAUCACUCUUGAAUCGACUGCGCGCCUGCCAUAUCUCCGGGCCGUCAUAGAGGAGACGUUGCGGCUUUACCCCCCGAGCCCGAGUACGUUCCCACGUUGGGUACCGUUCCGGGAGGGCGUCGAGCUUGAUGGUUGUUGGGUCCCCCAUGGUACGGCAGUCGGAGUGCAUCCAUACUCAGCGCACCGCAUGGAGGACAACUUUCGAGAUGCACUCGAAUUCGUGCCUGAGCGCUGGCUAGACCAGACUGGAGGCACCAAGUAUGCGAGCGAUGACAAGGCCGCUAUGAAGCCAUUCUCAUUCGGAACGAGAGACUGCGUUGGGAAGAAUCUUGCAUACGCAGAGAUUCGCAUCAUCAUGACGAAACUACUGUGGAACGUUGAUUUCGAGCUCGUUAACCCUUCUGAAGCGUGGAUCGAGAAACAAUCGACAUUUUUGAUGUGGGAGAAGGGGCCUCUGUACGUAAAGUUGCGGCCUAGAAUCAUGUAG